AUGCCCAACACAAGCCUUCGUCGCCCUCAGAAGGGCUUCCGUAGGGGAGGAAAGACUGCCUACCAUGGCAAUCGGACACGCACAUUCGCGGCUUCGUCCAGGAACGAGGCUACCUCGGCGGACGAGAAAUGGGAGCGGUCACGGUUGGCACACAGCAUCGACGAGAACAUGGGCUUUGCGCGUUAUGAGAGCGGAAAGAAAAGAGAAGGAUGGCUGGUCAACAUCCAACCGACAGCGAUCGAGGACGAACGGAUACCCGGUGGUCGAGCUGCUGUCGACUGCUACUUCAUCGAAGAGGACGGCUCGACCUUCAAGGCCACAGUCGAGUUCGAGCCUUACUUCGUGAUUGCUGCCAAGAAGGGUCGUGAGUCUGAGGUUGAAGAAUGGGUCAAGAGAGUUGCUGGAGAUGGCGUUGUCAAGUCGAUUCGACGUGUUGAGAGAGAUGAUCUGAAGAUGCCCAAUCACUUGCUCGGCUAUCGAAGGACAUUCCUUGAGCUGAGAUUCGCCAAUGUCAGCGACCUUAUGGCUGCGAGACGAGAUAUCAUGCCCAUUGCGGAAAAGAACAAGAAGAAUAUGAAUGCUAUGGAUGCUUAUGCCGAAGUUGCAACUUCCAACGGUGACUUUGACCUUUUUGAUGAUUCACGAGACGACGACCGACACAUGAACACGGCAAUUUCAGAUGCUAGCGACUUUAUUGUUGAUAUAAGAGAAUAUGACGUUCCCUACCACGUACGAGUAAUGAUAGAUUUGGAUAUACGAGCCGGAAAGUGGUACUUUGUAGAAGCCAAGCACGGCGUUACCAAAAUCCUACCCAACGAAGAGAGAUCACUGCCGGCGGACCCUGUGGUAAUGGCUUAUGAUAUCGAAACAUCGAAGCUGCCCCUCAAAUUCCCUGACGCUGCCACCGAUCAGAUCAUCAUGAUCUCGUACAUGAUCGAUGGCCAAGGAUUUUUAAUUACAAACCGUCAAAUUCUCUCAGAAGAUAUUGGCGAUUUUGAGUACACCCCUAAACCAGAAUACCCGGGUCCUUUUAUGAUUUUCAACGAACCCGAUGAAAAGGCCUUAAUCGAGAGAUUCUUCCUCCACAUUAAAGAGGCGCGGCCAACGGUCAUUGCCACUUACAACGGUGAUUUUUUCGAUUGGCCUUUUGUGGAAGCACGAGCUAGUAUCAAUGGAAUCGAUAUGUACCAAGAAAUCGGGUGGAAGAAGGACAGUGAGGACCAGUACAAGUGCAACUACAGUGUGCACAUGGAUUGCUUCCAUUGGGUUAACCGAGACUCUUAUCUGCCCCAGGGUUCUCGUGGCUUGAAAGCUGUCACAGUGGCAAAGCUCGGAUACGACCCAGACGAGCUCGAUCCCGAAUUAAUGACACCGUAUGCGACUGAACGACCCCAAACACUGGCUGAAUACUCCGUCUCCGAUGCUGUUGCAACAUACUAUCUUUACAUGAAAUAUGUCCACCCCUUCAUCUUCUCUCUCUGUACAAUUCUGCCGUUGAGCGGUGAUGAAGUCUUGAGAAAGGGAACCGGUACACUCUGCGAAAUGCUGCUGAUGGUGCAAGCGUAUCAAAGAGAAAUCGUACUUCCAAAUAAGUACAUCACACCGAAGGAGGCUUUCUGGGAUGGCCAUCUCCUCGACUCGGAAACCUACGUUGGUGGUCACGUCGAAAGUAUUGAAGCAGGAGUGUUCCGAGCUGAUAUCCCGGUUGACUUUUCUGUCGACCCUGGAGCCAUUGAUGAGCUCUUGAAAGAUCUUGACUCGGCUCUCAAGUUCGUGAUCACUGUGGAAGAGAACAAGAAUUUCGAUGACGUGGAGAACUACGACGAAGUCAAGGCUCAGAUCGUUGAGAGAUUGAACAAACUCAAGGAGACACCAAACCGUCACGAAAAGCCUCUGAUCUACCAUCUUGAUGUCGCUUCCAUGUACCCCAACAUCAUGACAACCAAUCGAUUGCAGCCUGAUUCCAUGAUUCAGGAAUCUGAUUGUGCUGCGUGCGACUUUAAUCGUCCUGGAAAGACAUGUGAUCGAAGAUUACCUUGGGCUUGGAGAGGUGAAUACAUACCGGCGAAGCGCGACGAGUACAACAUGAUUCGACACGCGCUUGAGAACGAGAAGUUUCCUGGAAAGUACCCCAGUUCUCCCAUGCGGCCGUUCCAAGAUCUGAGUGCGGAUGAGCAAGCAGCUCUUAUUCGGAAACGUCUACAGCUGUAUUCUCAAAAGGUCUACCACAAAAUCCAUGACUCUACAACUAUUGUACGAGAAGCAAUCAUUUGUCAACGAGAGAACCCCUUUUAUAUCAACACUGUGCGAGACUUCCGUGAUCGUCGAUACGACUACAAGGGCAAGGCCAAGGUCUGGAAGGGCAAGACAUCAUCCUUACAAUCUGCUGGUGCAGCUCAGAGUGAGGUCGAUGCCGCCAAGAAGAUGAUUAUUCUUUAUGAUUCGUUGCAGUUGGCCCACAAGGUCAUUCUGAACUCAUUCUACGGAUACGUCAUGAGAAAGGGAUCUCGUUGGUAUUCACUCGAAAUGGCUGGCGUUACUUGCUUGACAGGUGCUCACAUCAUUCAAAUGGCCCGACAACUAGUUGAGCGACUUGGACGACCGUUGGAGCUGGAUACAGAUGGUAUUUGGUGUAUGCUUCCCGCGACAUUCCCCGAGAACUUCUCUUUCAAGCUCAAGGGUGGAAAGAAGCUUAACAUCUCAUAUCCCUGUGUCAUGCUUAACCAUCUUGUCCAUGCCAAGUUCACCAACCACCAGUACCAGACGCUCGCUGAUCAGAAGACCUUCAAGUAUGAGACACACAGCGAUAACUCGAUUUUCUUCGAAGUCGACGGUCCUUACAAAGCAAUGGUUCUGCCAACCUCAAAAGAGGAGGACAAGAACUUGAAGAAGCGAUAUGCCGUCUUCAAUGACGAUGGCAGUCUCGCUGAGUUGAAGGGUUUCGAAGUGAAGCGUCGUGGUGAGCUGAAGCUCAUCAAGAUCUUUCAGCAGCAAAUCUUCAAAUUUUUCCUCGAAGGAGAAACACUGGCUGACUGUUACGGCGCUGUCGCCAAAGUCGCCAACCGUUGGCUAGAUGUUUUGCACAGUAAGGGUACAACAUUGGCAGACGAGGAACUCAUGGAGCUCAUUUCUGAGAACCGAAGCAUGUCCAAGACCCUAGAGGAGUAUGGAAACCAAAAGUCGACCAGUAUCACAACCGCCAAGCGUCUAGCAGACUUUUUGGGUGAGCAGAUGGUGAAAGACAAGGGAUUGAACUGCAAGUUCAUUAUUUGCGCUCGACCGAAGAACGCACCCGUUACCGAGCGAGCCAUUCCAGUCGCCAUCUUCUCCGCGGAGGAGUCUGUCAAGCGAGCCUAUCUGAAGAAGUGGUUGAAGGAGGAGCCGACUGAUACCGACCCUCGCGCACUUCUCGAUUGGGAUUAUUAUCUUGAGCGAUUAGGCUCUGUUAUUCAGAAGCUGAUCACCAUUCCUGCAGCCCUUCAAAAGGUCCCCAACCCAGUUCCUAGAGUGCCUCAUCCCGACUGGCUCCAAAGGAGAAUCAACAUCAAAGAUGAUAAGUUGAAGCAGAAGAAGCUCACAGACCUCUUCAAGAAGAGUCCGCUUGAAGACAUUACCAACAUCACUGGAAUGGAUGAUCUGGAGGAUUUUGGUAGCAAGCUUUUGAAGCCUAAGCAAGUCGGUGCGAUCAUAGCAUCUUCUCAAGCUGCUCCUACUGUUCAGAAGCGCAAAUCACCUGAGCCGGCAGAGGAUACCGACCCUAUGUCUGCACUUCCAGCGGUUAUGCCAAGCGCUUCAGAGAAUUAUGAGGAGUUCCUCAUGUAUCAGAAGCAGAAGUGGAAGCUUCAAAAACAAGCCAGAAUCCGUCGGCGACAAUUGUUUGGUGACAGGAGAGGAGGCCUUGCAGUCAAUAAUCUCCAGCAAACGUUCAUGAAACAGGCACACAGCACCUACAUGAGCAACUGGCAGGUCUUGCACCUGAAGGCUACUGAUACUCCCGGUAUUGUCAUGGCAUACGUCCUGAUUGAUGCCAAGAUCCACACGCUCAAGGUCAACGUUCCCCGGCAAGUUUUCCUUAACCUCAAGAGCAAAGAUCUGCCUGAUGUUGAGGUAGAUGGCUGUGAAGUUGAGCAGGUCAACUAUACUCUGCCCAAUGGUCACCCCUCUAGUCAUCUGUUCAAGUUGACCGUAUCUGAAGACGUCUACUUUAAUGAAAGUGAGAAGUUCUCCCUGCUCUUCAACCAUCCAAGUGUCGAGGGAGUGUACGAGAAGCAGGUUCCUCUAAAUAUCCGCGCUGUUUUGCGUCUUGGAAACCAAUGUACCAUUGACGCCACGCAACACGCUGUUCUCGGAAAGGGUCUCGAGCAAGGUUUCGACCUUUCAGGCUUGAAGCGACCAGCUAAAACACGGACAUAUCUCGAAACAUCGCCCCUGGCUUAUAUCUAUAUCUCCCAUAUCACAGCCGGUGAACGCCAGAUCUUUGGUAUCUUCUCUACUACCAACGACCAAGCUCAUGUGGUCAUUCUACAGAAGAACAAAGACUCUGGCCAAGAUCUUCCCAACAUCACCAAGAUGUACGCCGAUAUGCUCUCUAGACGGCAUGCCGAGGCAGCUGGUACAAACUGGCAGGACUGCUUCACAUAUCAAGAGAAGCUACACAUCAAGAUUACCCAAGUGACUACUCGUCGCAAGGCUCAUCUUGAGAUUAGCGAUGUUGUCAAGAAGAUGCGCAAGGACGAGCCUCGACCGCAGAUGAUGGUCAUUCAAUCUUCUCAGCGCAAGCUACUCAUCCACGACGUUCCUAUUCUUGGAGACUUUCCUGUUCUUCCCUUGAAGUACGAUGUUGCGGAUAGCUCGUUGCCACCCCUGGGCUGGCAGUCUGUCAUUGCCAAACGUCUUGUUGGUCAUUAUCUAGGUCUCGGAUCCUGGAUUCUGCACCUCACCGCGUUGGCUCGUUACGGCGAUGUCCCUCUAUGCAAUUUGGAGCGAGACGACCCUCGAUUCUUGAUCGAUGUUGCAUAUGCCCGCCGUCUUCAAGCUAAUGGAGUCGUGCUUUGGUGGUCUCCUGGCGCGCGUCCGGAUCAUGCAGGUUAUGAAAAGGAUGAUCUCCUUGGUCCUCUUGACACGGUCAGGAUGCCAAAUAUCAACAACCCAGGAACAUUCUCAUCAGUCUGUAUUGAUAUCGAUGUCAGAAAUUUGGCUAUCAAUACCAUCUUGACAUCGUCUCUCAUCAACGAGUUGGAAGGUGCCGAUUCGGUCUCUUUCAACCCGGCCGAUGAUGACUCUGAGACACUCGCGUCCGAGAAUGCGUUUGCCAACGCUGGCGUUCUUGUGCUGCGAGAGAUGGUCAAGGCCUGGUGGACAGAAGCCUGUCGUGGAAGCACCAUGGCUGACGUCCUGGUGCAGCACUUAGUCCGCUGGGUUGAGAACCCCGACUCUUUCAUGUAUGAUCGAGCUCUGCAUUACUACGUACAGAUGAUGUCUCGCAAGGCCUUCCAGCAGCUCAUGGCUGAUUUCCGCCGAGUUGGAUCUCAGGUUAUUUUUGCCAACGCCAACCGCCUCAUUCUUCAGACAACCAAGGCUGAGGUUGGUAAUGCAUACGCCUACAGUCAAUACAUUAUCAAAUCCAUCAAGAGCAAGCCUCUCUUCCACUUCAUCGACCUAGAGAUCAAGGAGUACUGGGACUAUCUUGUUUGGUACGACGAGUUCAACUAUGGAGGCAAGGCUUGUCAAGAGGUCAUUGAGGCCGACGAGCAAAAUCUCGAGACUAUCAUGAAUUGGCAGAUGGCAACAUUCUUACCAGUUCGAUUACAACCGACAUUCCAAGACUGGGUGAUAGAGUUCAUUCAGCUUAUGCAUCAGCUCAAGCGGCCUCACAAUGGCGACCCUGAUGCCACACCACGUCUGACACAGUUGCCGGGCAAGGGUCUGGAGGACCAGGAAGGCCAAAUCAUCUUGGGCAAGACAUUUGAAAAGCCUUUGAAGAAAGACAUCAUUGGCCUUCUCAACAAGCAGAAACGUGAACUUCUCCAUACAGAGCUUGCCCAAGACUACACGUUCCCGACCCUCCCAGGCUCCCACCUCAACCCGCGCAACCCCAUCCUCGAACUCGUCAAGUCGCUCAUGCAAGUUCUUUCCCUCGACAAGAAUAUCACCCUAGAAGCUCGACUACUUCGAAAGGAGCUUCUCGCGCUCUUCGAGGUCCGCGAGUUCUCCAAGGAGGGUACUUUCGCCAACCCAUCAGAGAGCCUGCGUCUUCCUCAGGUGUCUUGUGAUAGCUGUACGAUGAUGCGAGACCUAGACCUCUGCAGGGACGAAGAUCUGUUUGGCGAAGGUGCUGCUUGGCGCUGCGGCUUCUGCGGUACUGAAUUCGACCGUGUGGCUAUAGAAGAGCGCUUAUUGGGCAUGGUGGAGAGCUGGGUCGUGGAAUGGACAACACAAGAUCUCAAGUGCGUCCGGUGCGGCGCGCUGAGACUGAACGACUUCAUGGAACAUUGCACCUGCAGUGGCGAGUGGAAGGAGGUGGUAUCACGGCAGGAUGUGAACAAGAAACUCGGAGUUAUGAAGAGGGUGGCUAAAUUUUAUGGGCUAAGGAUGCUCAGUGAUGUGGUUCAGGGUCUGUAUCAGGGUUUAUAA